AUGCGGGUGGCGCUGGACACGACCUACAUCCUGGGACGGGGCGCGGUGAAGGACACCUACAAUCUGCUGGCGGACGGCAUCGUCAAACUGUUGCGUGUCCUGGCGACCGUGGCGAACAUCGCGGUCGGGGAAUGGGCCGAA